CGGCGCCAAGCCUGGCAAGAAGACCCGCGGUCGCGUCAAGAUCAAGAUGGAAUUUAUCGACAACAAGCUGCGGCGCUACACCACGUUCAGCAAGAGGAAGACGGGCAUUAUGAAGAAGGCCUAUGAACUUUCUACCCUUACGGGCACUCAAGUGUUGCUACUUGUGGCCAGUGAGACAGGCCACGUCUACACUUUUGCCACGCGAAAGCUGCAGCCGAUGAUCACCAGCGAGACGGGGAAGGCGCUGAUCCAGACAUGCUUGAAUUCUCCUGACUCCCCUCCUCGGUCGGACCCAACCAGCGAUCAGCGCAUGAGUGCUACGGGCUUUGAGGAAACAGACCUUACGUAUCAGGUGUCUGAGUCAGACAGCAGUGGAGAAACAAAGGACUCACUGAAGCCAGCAUUCACUGUCACCAACCUCCCAGGGACAACGUCCACCAUCCAGACAGCACCCACGACAUCCACAUCCAUGCAGGUCAGCAGUGGGCCCUCGUUCCCCAUUACUAACUACUUAGCACCAGUCUCCGCCAGUGUCAGCCCCAAUGCAGUCACCAGUGCCAACGGGACAGUGCUGAAAACCACUGGAACCAGCGCAGUGGCCUCUGGAGGACUAAUGCAGAUACCUACCGGCUUUACCCUCAUGUCAGGUGGUGCAGUGGCUCAACAAGUUCCUGUGCAAGCCAUCCAGGUGCAUCAGGCCCCCCAACAGACGUCUCCCACAAGUGACAGCAGCACUGACCUCACACAGACCUCUUCCAGUGGGACAGUGACCCUGCCGGCUACAAUCAUGACUUCAUCUGUGCCAACCACCGUGGGAGGCCACAUGAUGUACCCCAGUUCUCAUGCAGUGAUGUAUGCUCCUACGUCAGGCCUCACGGACGGUGGGCUUGCGGUUCUCAAUGCCUUCUCCCAGGCCCCAUCAGCAAUGCAGGUUUCACACGGGCAGGUCCAGGAUCAGGGUGGAGUCCCUCAGGUAUUCCUGACAGCUCCGUCAGGAACGGUUCAGAUCCCAGUCUCAGCUGUUCAGCUUCACCAGAUGGCUGUUAUUGGCCAGCAGUCCAGCAGCACUGCCAACUUGACAGAGCUGCAGGUAGUCAACUUGGAGACAUCACAUAGUUCCAAGAGUGACUGAGCAACUCUGGGAGGGGCCUGGCGAGGGGAGGGGAAGAAGUGUGUAUCCAGCACCCCGACAUGAAGCAGCAGCAGCAGCAGCAGCAGCAGCCACCGCCUCCAGCUUUAUGCUGCAUCUGGUCCUGGAUCUAUGGCACUCCUCAAACUGCACGAGGAUCUCGGCAGUCCCUAUUUUUGUAUGGACUCCAUCACUUAUUUAUUGUUGCCUUUUACACGUUUUCUUCUCACACUUUACACUGACACCCCCACACACAAACGCACCCACAGAAGUACAUAGAUGCAUAUUAAAAGUGGCUGCAAGGCCAGCAGCAGGAAGCUGAGCCUGGGCUGUAGGGGGACUUUGUUACAUUUGAACACUGCAUUUACUGUUCUUUUUGUUUGUUGUUUUGUUUUCCUCCUUGUUCCAGCCAAAGAAACUUUCUCUCGUGAGUGGGAGAAUUUGAUUUGCCAUGUAUAAAACUUUCCCUCUGUUUUCAGUGCCAGGGAGGGAGUUUUUUUCUCUCUCUGCCAUGCUGCCUCUGAUAUGUAAGAAUGUCCACGAAUGUCCCUAGUUUGUAGCCUCUGGGCAGAGCAAUUGAGGCUGUGGGAAGAAGCUGCAGUCCAGAAGAGUGUGAAGCUGUUUUGAAAAAGGUAGUCUCGUUUCAGUCAUAGGCCUGAUAUCCUUAAAAAUACACACACACACACACACACACACACACACACACAAUGCUGGGACAGUCACCUCUCUUUCCUCUCCCCUAUUCCAGUUCAGGUCACCUCUUGGCUGCAGCUUUGUGCCUUCAAGCAAUCCAUGAUGCAUUGUGGGUUGGCUUGCCUUUAUUCUUGGCUGGCAAAGAGAGGGUUCUUCCUGUUGGCAUUCCAACUGGGGCUGUCAGACAUUGGGCAAGAAGAGGGCAGGAAGCUGAGCAUCUUGGACUUCUUUUUAUCCUUAAAGUGUUCCUCCCUCGGAAUCUCUUUUUGUUGGAUAGGAACUGACUUGGAGCAGUGUCUUGCCCAUUUAGUCUGGCUGUAUAUGCAUCUUACAGCCAAAAAAAGAAUUGUUUACCCAUCUCCCUCUUUUCUUGGAAAUGUACUCAGCAACUCAUAAGCCCAAUGGCAGACUUCGCUUUGGUGAUGCUUGAGUUUUGCUGAUUUUUUCUUCCUGAGGAGGAAGAGCUACAGUCAUGCUAUUAUUAAUAUUAUAUUUUAAUUUUGGAAGGUAUAAAGCAGCCUUCCCCAACUGGUGCUCCCCAAGAUGUUUUGGGUUCCAAACUCCAUAUCCACUAGCUUUUGGCAAUGCUGGGAAUUGUCGACUAAAAAAUUGGAAAAGGACUAGGUUGAUGAAGGCUAGUGCUAAGGAAUGAAGUUGGAAACAAAUAAGGGUCUUUUAAGAAAAAAGUAUUUAAACUUGACUCAGCAGGCCUUCCCAAGGCAACUGCAUCCACGAAUGAAACAUCACCAGUCUGGGAUGCAAUAACGUAAGAUAGCCUAUGACAUUUUUUGCUUCUCAAAUAGCCCUGGGAAUGAGAUGGUAUGUUGCUCCACCAUCAUCAGGAAAGGAAGCAUCUUUGGCCUGCACCUGCGAGACCUUGCCAUCUCAGAGUUCCUAGCCUGAGACUGGGUAGAUGGGAUGGGGCAAGCUUAAUCAUAGAGCAUUUAUGGUAAAGGCUUUUCCCAUGUCUUUGUGAAGCCACUGCUGUGUCCACGUUCUUUAGAGAAUGUUUUAUGAUGCUUCAAACAGAAAGUUCUGGAAUGAACAAAAGUAACACUUUUAAAGGGGAAGUUGCAGGACUGCUAGUCUGUAAUGGAGAAUGGGAGGAGAUGCAGGAUAAGAGGAAGGGCUGUGUCAUUGGAUCAUUUGCUUGCACACAAUCAUGCAUUUCAUUCAGCCCAGAGCAGGUCAGUGGUUCUUAUAACCCCCCCUCUCCCAAAAAGGGCCAGCUUUGGAUUAAGGAGGCUGCAGACUUUUAGAGAAAGAAAGCAGCUACUGUAACUCCUUUCUUUCUUUCUUUUUUAAUUAAAAGACAAAAGAAGCCUUGAAAAAAAAAAGACUUUAUUUUUCUAAGUGUUAAACUCAGUAUUUAUGUAAUUCUUAAAGGAAUUAAAGUCUGGCUCCUGUACAGUUUUCAUGGGGUUUGUAGUUUGGGGUGGGGGGAAAUGGGCCAUGGGGCAGGGAUGAAAAAAGGAGAAGAAAGGGGCCUUUUUAAUUUGUAUUGUAAUAUUCUGAAAUUGUUUCCAUGAACAUUAGCGUUUAAACUCGUCUCUGUCUCUAGCACUUGAGUCACAUUUUGGUGGAAAGGUUGCACCAGUGGGGAGGGGAGGGCAGGGCUUAUACUAGACGUGCAAGAGCCACAGCAGCUGCAUCAGCAUUCCCUUUGUAGUGCCAGAGUCACACUCAGAAUAGGUGGAACCAAAUGUUUAGGCCUUUGUCUGGUCUUGGGGCAGAAUGGAGGUCUUUAGCUGCAUGCGCUCAAGGCAUCCAUUUGCCAUCUAAAGUGGGCCAUGCCCGUUCCACUUUGGGGUGCAGACAUCAAUAUACCACACAAAUCCUGGGGUGGCCAUCAACCCAAACAACUUGUGUACUACUUUCCUUUCCUUUUGUUUGCAACUUCAGCUCAGAUGGCUACAUUAUGGAAAGGAAGCCCAUGCUCCCUCAAAUCUGGCGUAUAUUUAAUUCAAAGAGAAAGUUAGGGUAAUUUGUUUAAAACCUUCCCUGAUGGGUUACUUUUAGAGUAUUUUUUGUUUUAAAUGUCAGAAAACAUUGAAAGGUGUAUUUCCCCAACUAGUUGCAGUCUGAAAGGAUAUGGUCUAUACAGUUCUUUUGCUUUAAAUGUAUAUCGCAACCAAUCUGCAUUUACUGGUAUCUCUCUGGCACUAACUUCAGUAUUGAAGUUUCCAAAAGUGGUGCAAAAGCAUCUCCUUGUUUUAACCCUCAUUCCCUUUUAGGGUUAAAUGCAGAUCUUUUUUUAUCUAAGCUGGUGAUGGUCUAUGUCAUGAGACUUUUACUACCCCUCUUCAUCUCUUCAUUAGAGCAAUGACAUGAAAAAGAAAGGCAGUCAUGGCAGGUAGAAAAUUACUCUCCCCAGACUCCUGCCCCAGAACUUCAUGGCAAAAAGAUUGCUUAGUUAGCUGUCUUCUUCCAUUUCAGCAAUAAUGGAAAAAAAUAAUUAUUUAUAUUCAAUAUUGUUUGUUCACUGAUGAAUACAUUUGUCAGCAGAAUAAAUCCUUAACAACCCUCUGUUUUCUCCCCAGUUCUGAUAUGGAGGAUUGAAGGAUUUGUCAUGCAAAUGGAACUUUACCAAUGCAUGGGUAGCUGUUCUUCUGUAUGUAGAUUUUUUCUCCAAGAGGGAAUUUCUCAACUAUUACUAAGAAGUUGCUUGAGAUAAAGGCACAUCUGCAGAACAGUAAUUUUCAAAUCAUGUUGCUAAUUCAAAAAUCCUCUGCUAAAAUAGAGACGAGGCUAAACUCAAGAAUAGUUCCUAUUUUUCUGAUUUUGCAUUCUGUACUAAUUUUCUGAUUGGGGGUUCUAUACUUGAUGCUCAUCCUUCACCUCAAGGAAGUUCUCCCUCCUACAAGAAAAGCACCUGCAGGUUAAACGCUAAUGUUGCAUGUGAUUAAAGUGUUGAAUUGUAAGAACACUUAUCAGGGAUGAAAUGGCAUUUAUUGUGUGGUGACAUUUUUAGUUCACUUUACAGAUUGUUUUUGGAUUUUUUGUGUGUGUGCGCGUAUGUGUGUGUGUGUGAGUGGCUGUGUGUGUGGUUUGUUAAUUUCCAGGGUUGUGUUUCUGGAAGGAUGUGACAGUAAUCGCAGUACUAUGUACAGAGCUUUCUUUUGUAUUAAAAAAAUAAUCUUUCAAUAAAUGUAUCAUUUUGU